AUGGCUUCCUUCUUUGAAAUGAUCGGCAAGCCGCCUGCAACAGCGUCCGUCCACGACAGCACACUCCUCAUCGUCGAUGCGCAAAACGAGUACGCCGAGGGCCGCUUCAAGACGGUCGGCGUCGAGCAGACGCGCAAGGCCAUCCACGAGCUGGUCGAGGCCUACCGCGCCGGCGCGACGUCCACCGGCAAGCCCGCCAGCAUCGUGCACAUCGUGCACCACCCGUCGGACGACACCAAGUUUUUCGUGGCGGGCACGACGCUCGGCGACAUCUUUGCCGAGCUGACGCCGCUGCCGGGCGAGGUGGUCGUGCACAAGCGGCUGCCGGGGUCGUUUAGCCAGACAGACCUGCACGAGCAGCUGCAGAAGCUGGGCCGGCAGAAGCUGGUGAUUGUCGGGUACAUGACGCACCUGUGUGUGUCCAUGACGGCGCGGCAGGCGCUGGAGCUGGGCUACACGAACCUGAUGCCGUCGGACGCCGUGGGGACGCGGGACAUUCCGGGCGUGUCGGCAGCAGAGUUGAACCGCGUGGCGCUGGCGGAGCUGGCGGACUCGACGGCGACGAUUAUCCUGAGCAAGGACGUGGCGAGGGCGUGA